AUGACUCCCCUUGCAGACAUUAAAAUCUCUUCCAGAGAAGAACACCUUGGGAAGCCUGAUGGCCCCGACAUCAAGACCGUCGCUUUCGGUCAAUCCUCUUUGCCUUCAGAGAUUGCACAUCUUUUUGCUCGCUUCGAGGGCGAGAAAGAGAAAACGUUGACCCGCAAAAUGGAUGCGCACCUCAUACCAAUUGUAAAGACGACUAUCACGUGGGAUCCUCAAAACAACAUAACUUACCAAAUCCUCAAGGCUACUGAGGAAGGAGGCUACGGGGCUGUAGCACCGAUUGUUUACAACAUUGAGCAUAUCCUAGCUUUUGUGCAAGCUGCCGAAGUUAAACGCAGCCCUCUUGUCAUCCACGGACAACCUCCCCUUCGACAUUAUCAUGGUUGGCAUGAGCAACUAAGAAAUGGAGGAAAACUUGGCAAAGACAAAAGAACUGGUUUCGUAUUGCCAUGCGCGCGGAAUUGCGGAAUUGCGACAGAGGCAGAACCAGAAAGAAUUGAGGGUGGGGAGGAUGGGAUUGCAGACACGGCUGAUCUGGAGGGAGCUUUGACAACUGGGGAGCAGGUUGAAGAUUUUAUUGCGACGGCCAUUGAUUUCCUUGCACCGGCUUUUGGAAAUGCUCAUGACGAAUAUGGCAAACGAGGGCCCGUUCUUGAGUUCAAUCGACUCGAUAACAUCCGCGCCAGGGUCAACGGACGCGUGCGCGUGGUUCUCCACGGAACGAACGACUUCCCCGAAAACGUAAUGAAGGCGUGUAUCAAAGGCGGCGUGUCCAAGAUCAACGUUAACAAACUCGUCUUGGAUGACCAUCUCAUCCACGUGAAGGAGCAGUCAUCGAAGCUCAACCUGACAGCGCUUAUGGAACAGGGUGUGGAGAAAGCACAGAAGCUCACAGAGUGGCAGAUGGAUGUUUGUGGCUCUACAAGGAAAGUAAAAUAG